AUGACGGCUGCGCUCGCGUGGCAAGCGCUGAUGCUCGGCACGGCCAUUGGCAUCCUCGUCGCGACCGUCUACUUCUUCAUCCGCGACGCGAAGAAGCGCGCGCACCCGGGCCCGGUCCUCAUCUGCAUCGUGAUUGCGUCGUGCGCCGCCAUGAUUGCCCGCGCUGCCAUGGAGCUCGUCCUCCUCAGCGAUGCGUCCUCGACAGCGACGGUCCUCGACGUCGCCAACCUUGCGAACACCGGUACGAGCCGCGCGCUCGGGCCGUUCUGGUGCUACGUCUACUUUGACGCAGCAGCAAUUUUCUGGUACCUCAUGCUCGCAAUGGACCUCAUCUCGUCGCUCUCCAACCCAUUCCUGCCGUUCGAGUCGAACAACUUGAUCCACCACGCGCACGCAUGGCCGGCCGCGGGCGUCUGGACCCGCGACUUUGACGACGGCAUCAUGCGCGUCUGGAUCGUCUUGCCCUCGUACGCCGUCCUUCUCUACAUUGGCAUUGCGCUGCGCGUCGCGUGGGCCAAGUCGCGCGUGCUGCAGUACGAGGCGCACGUCUCGACGCGCAACAUGGCGAUGCUCAUCCUGCCGUACCUCGCUGUCUUUGCGACCAUGAGCAUCGGCUUCCUCAUCCUGUACGUCUUUGAGAUGUACUACAGCACGACGACCGUGACCAACUACGUGGACCAGCUCCUCUUGAGCCUCUCGACCCUCUUCGUCUUCGUCCUCUAUUUCUUUGACUCGGCGAUCGUGUUUCGCCUCUGGGGCUCGACCAAGGCGUCGCUCGCCCGUCGCCGCCUCUCGACCAUGACCACCCACACCGUCACGCCCAACAGUCCCCCCUACCAAAUCGGCCGGGACGACGACACGGCCGACGACUUUGCGGUGGACGUCGCCCAGCAGAUGCGCAACAGCAUCAUGGAGUGCACGAAAGCAGGCAUCUACGAAGCAGCGUCGGGCAUGUGCGACCGCGACACCGUGCCCGGCCAAAUCCCACUCGAGCUCGAAUUUGCCAAAGUCGAAACCAAGGGGAUCCUCGUCCAUGGGCAACUCGCGACCGCGUCCGAUCGACUGCGCUUCACCGACGUUGCGCCGCUCGUGUUUCAGUCGAUCCGCGAGCUCUUUGGCAUCGACGCGGCCUCGUACCGCGAUGCGUUUGCCCGCUCCGAGGGGCUGCGCGAGUGCGGGCUCAAGGGCAAGAGCGGCAACAUCAUGUACUUUACACACAAUGCGCAGUUUAUGGUCAAGAGCGUGCCCAAGUCCGAGUUUGACGUGCUUCGGUCCAUCCUACCGGCGUACUACAAGUACCUCGUGACGCACCGUGCGACGCACCUCUGUCGGUACUUUGGCUGCCACUCGAUCACGCUGCCCGUCGGCACGCGUUGCAUGUACUUUGUCGUCAUGCAAAACCUCUUCAACGAAGGCCGCGUCCACGAGGUGUACGACAUCAAAGGCAACACGGACCGCCGCCAAGCGAUUCCCGACGGUGACGUCGAGCGCGUCAUGCAGGACACGCUCGCGCGCAAGUUCAUCGAGCCGCUCAUGCUCGACAUUGAUUUCUCGCGCAUCCACCGGUGCAUGCAUCUCUCGGACGCGAACGCGACGGCGAUGCAAGGCCAGCUCAAGUCCGACAUAACGUUUCUCGCCGAACAAAACAUCAUGGACUACAGCAUCCUCGUUGGCGUCAAGCACAUCUCGGGCGACGAAGUCCCCGUCGUCGGUCUCUGCAACCACGUGCCGUCCAAGGACCUCUGCGAUGUCUAUUUUGUCGGCAUCAUUGACAUGCUGCAGCAAUACAGCUGGCGUUGGGCGGUCCAGCGCUGGGUGCUUGGCACGCUCUUGUGCAAGGACACGCAGGACGUGAGUGCGGUGCCUGCGCGCAAGUACGGAGCGCGGCUGCUGGGCUUCAUCCGCUUCAGCAUGUUCAACCAAACCCGCCGCUCGAGCCGCACCUCGCUGCCCGGCAACUUUUCGCUGACCGCCGAGCGCCCGAGCGGCCUCGGCCAGCUCACGCCGGUACGUUUCUAA